AGCCCUUGAGCAAGUUGAACCUUCUGCAGUCCAGCAAGAAGCCCCAGUUCAACCCUCAGACUUGCCAAAAGUCACCGUGAAACAUACCGAUCUGGAGGUUACAGUAACUCCAGAGCCUUCUCCAAGGCAGAAGCAGGCCUCAGAGAAUACUGAGGACGUAACACUCUCAUCCAUCCAACAAGAGGCUCCAGCUCAGACUUCAGAGCUCCCUGAAGACACUGAACCUUCUGCAAGCCAGAUGGAAGCCCCAGUUCAGCCUACAACUCCUCCGAAAGAAGUCAAACCCCCUGUUGAGCAAGAUCCUACAGAUGAAGCUCCAGAGUCCCCUAUAGAGAACACAGCUCCAACUCUACCAAAUCAGGAGGUGACGGUUCAACCUCCAGCUCAGGAUCAAGCUCAACAAACUAUCUUGCCCGGUGUUACAGGUAAGCCUGUGGAUGUGGAAAUCACCAUGACAUCAGAGCCUACCAAGGCGGCUGCAUCUUCUCUAGCCCAGCCACGGGCCCCAGCUGAGCCUUCUGAAUCUCCCGGGGAGGCUGAAACUUCUGGAACCCAUCUGCAGUCCCCAGUUCAGCCUCCAGAGUAUGGUGAGGAGCUUCAACCUUCUUUAACCCAGCAAGUGGUCCCACCUCAGCCUUCAGGCCCUCUUUCAGAGACUGAAACUUCUCCCAGUGAGCAAGAACAGCCAGCUCAACCUUCUGAGUCUUCUGAGGAAUUGGAACCUUCUGGAAGCCAGACAGAAGCUCCAGUUCAGCCUGCAAAGCCAUCUGAGGAAGUCAAGCCUUCACCUGAGCAAGAGGUUCCAGUUCAAGCUCCAGAGGCUUCAGUUCAAGCUCCAGAGGUGACAGUUCAAGCUCCAGAGGUGACAGUUCAAGCUCGCGUUCAGAAUCAAGCACAACAGGAUAACUUGGCCAGUGAAACAAGUAAGCCUGUGGAUGUGGCAAUUACCAUAACUCCAGAGCCAGCCCAGGAGGCUGCAUCUGCUCUAACUCAGCCUUCAGAGUAUGCUGAAGGGGCAGAACCUUCUCUCGGUGAGAAGGAACAAACAGUUCAGCCUUCUGUGUCUCCUGGGGAGGCUCAACUUUCUGGAAUUCACAUGGCUGCUCCAGUACAGGCCUCAGAGCAUACUGAGGAGUUUGAACCUCCUCCACCCCAGCAGGAACAACCAGCUGAGUCCUCAGUGUCCUCUGAACACCAGAAGAGCUUCCUGAGGAACCUUCUCCAAGCCAGCAGGAGAGCUCAGUUCCUCCUGUAA